CAACAAUAACAAAGGGAGCAGUUGAGACCUCGGAGAAGAAACGCGAAACAACCGACAACGAAACUCCGAAAUAAAGGGUCCUCAAACUUUUAAUUUCUUCCGAGAAGAAUUGUAUUUAUAUAUUUUUAUAUUUCCUACGACAAAUACUCUACCUCAAACACUUGAAGUGAUUUGUUUUGUUCUUGAAGCCAACCUUCUUCCUGUUUACAUCACUUUUUUGCCGCAGGGCCUUUGUUUUUGCACAACCACCAAGAGCUAUGGCUGCACAUCAUCGGGUGUUUCUCAACUGAAAAUUAGUAACUAAUGCACUUCAGCACCUUUACCAAGAUCUCAGUGAACGGCUCUUGCAGCUGAUGACCAAAGAGCCUGGCCUUCACCUACCGCCAGCAGGACCGUCCAGCCUCUCCCCGGAACGCCAUCAUGUUCCAGAGGUUCACCAGCGUCUUGUUUGGAGACUCCCUGGAGGGCAGCGGAUGUUCUGAAGAUCCAGACUUUAAUGAGAAGGAGGAGGAUGAUGAAUGGAUCCUGGUUGAUUAUCUAGCGAAGGCCUGCUCCAGCGCAUGCGACGAUGAUCUAGUGGAGGUGUGUACAGAUGAUGUUGCUCCUCCCGACGCUACUGUGCGCUGCUCCUCCUGCUCGUCUCUGGACUCGGCAGACACUGAUGCGGAAGACAACAGCUUUAUGCGUAUAGAGGCAGCGUGUGGGUUGGAAGAGAGCUGGUUUAUCACCCCUCCGCCGUGCUUCAUGGCUGGGGGCAGCGCUCCGAUUCUAUUGGAGACGAGUCCGCUGGAGAACCUGCUGAUCGAACACCCCAGCAUGUCUGUGUAUGCCUUCCACAGCCCACGUCAACGGCCCGCUAAGGACGGCACUCGUGAGAAAUCGAUUUUAAGGUCUGAAGUUCAGCGCAGACCAAAUCGCCCCUCUGGCUGCUACGCAGCCGCCCUGGUCGCUGCCCACGCAGGCUUCCUGGAGCAGGCCAAGAACAUUCGCCUGGCCCAACGCAUCCGAGAAAACGUUGAGCGUCAGCAACUGUCCCGCAAUGCCCUCCGUCGGCUCAACCUGCUGCGCAAUGGUGGUGCCAGACAGGCUAAAGCCACUGUAGGCUUCGUUCACCAGCCGGGACAGAGGCAGUACAACUACUGAAAUGGUCCCCUCCGCACUCCCCCGUCCUCCCCUUCACGCUGGGAGAAUCAGUCUUUCGCCAGAAGGAUUGGAGUCCUUUAGAAUCAAUGCCAUUGGUCACUUUACUUCACGGCAGGUUCCACUCAAUCUGAAUGUGUCUGUGUCAUGCGUUUCCUUUCUGAACAUCUUUUAUGUUCGGUCUCGUGUGUCAUGAGGGUUGAAUUGUGUUACCGUCACAUGAGCUUCCCUUAGUUGUUAGACUGAACGUGGUGUUUUAGUACAGGCAGCUUGACAUGUUUUUUAGCCUUUCACCAUCUCCCUUCCCUAGCUGCUUUAUAGACACAGUGCGUUACUUUAAAGCCAUACUCAGUUCACAUGAGUGACCGAAGUGUUAGCAGCACUUUCUGGUUGGGAAGGAACCUGCCUGUGACUCUAGAACAGUGCUUUCUUCCUUUUUAUUUUUUUCUCUCUUUAAAAAAAACAUUUGUAAAAUAUACUAGUUUUAUUAUCACUAAAAGCCUUGUUUCUGUAGUAGAUUUUAAAAUGUUAAAUAUAUUUAAAAAAACUUCCAAAAUAUUUUCAAACGAAAAAAUAUAGAGAAUAUUACAUAUCAGUAUGAAUUUGAUAAGAGUGUAUGUUAUCUGCAUCGAUAUGAUGUAAGCAGCAGUUUUCCCUAUUUUAGUGACUGAUUCGAUGUAUGACUGUGUAGUGCUAGUUUUCCAACAGGCGAAAAACAAACGAAAAAAAGUGUGUUGUGUUAUUUUCCAUAUUUGCAUAUCUGCAGCACAUGUCUCAGGGUCAUCACUGUUCACCUUUGCUAAAAUGCAGAUUAAAAUUGCAGAUGGUAAAUAGUCUUUGUACAUACUGGAGAACCUCUAACUUUGUUUAUGUGUAUGUCACCUUGUGGAAACGUUUGAAAUUCACGUAAAUCUUUAACAAAAACAUGCGUGUCACAAUUUGAAUGAAAGCUAAAUGUUGCUCAUCCUGUGAGGACUGUGAAAAUGAACUCUCUCUUAAAAGACUGUUCAAACCUUUGACGACGGCGUGAAACUGUUAACAUUGUAGUGACACUUUGUGUUAUAUGCCUAUGUUUUAUCUGACUAGUUACAAGUUGUAUUUGAACGAAAUAUUUAAAGUAGCAACAAACUUUCAAAAAAAUGUUGUAUGUUAUGUUUGUCAUUCUUUAUUCUUAAUUUCUGGUGACACUGCCAAGGUAAAUGUUUCCCCUAAAUGAAUGAAACUGAAUUCAGUAACGCUGACAUUCAAAAGAAUGCAUAUAACAUGCGUGUGCAACUCAAGGAAGACAUCUGACUCGGUUAACAUGGUCAGUGUGUCAUGUGUACCUGUGUAUGGAAGGUAUGAGGACAUUCAAAGACUUAAGGGUUACUAACCCUCUUCUCUUUUUCUGCUUGCAUUAGUCUGUGUUGGCUAGUACAUCCUGACAUUUACUCUGUGGAUGAAGGGAAUGAAAGGGAUUUAACGUUCUAUUCAUUUUCCAUGGGUAAUACAAGACAGGCCCUCUUUCCCUAUGUCGGUAGGUGCCUGAUGUUUGGUAUUCAUAACAGGGAUUUAUUUUGCCUUGAAUUGCAUUUGGGGAUCAUGUGCCUUCCAGGUGAACAGUAUGACAAUGCAUCCGUGAAGAACUUGAAAUUUGUCCAAAGGGACACAAACAAAUGUAAUUGACUAUGCACAGAGGAUUAUCUCGUCUCUGUGAGCCACUUACUCUGUCAACUUUUUACACAAAAUGUAGCAAAACGUUUUCUUUGUUUAACGUGUGAAGAUUUUUUUCUGUGGCAUUGCUAUGUUUUAGAAUGUGCUUUGGUUGAUUUUAAGUUUACUGGAAUAAUACAGCACUUUGCCAAAAGUGUAAGGUUUUAGCAUUGUUUAUUUAUCUGUUUCUUGAACUGAUAUGUUUUGAAUGCAUGUCACAUACAAACUGUUUUAUAUGCAUAGUAUAAUUUGCAAAUAAAUUGUUCAUUUCAUAUGUCUUCAAAACCAACUAUUUGUCGGUAUGUAUACUCUCAAUAAAUGUUUUAAUACA